AUGGCAGGAUACCAGCUCUGGUCACCAUGGACCCCACUGGAUGAGAGCUUCCAAUGGCUGCGGCAUACAACACCUACACCUUCUUCCAAGCACCCCUUUAGGGCUUGCCCCUGCUUCCCCCACACCCCUUCUGAUCUUGAAGUGCAGCUGUGCUUCCAAGAGGUCACUCUAGUUCUAGACAGUCCAUUCCUGGAGCCUGGGGUGAGUCCCAAGUUGCCCUGCCGCACGUCAGAGCUCCGAACCAUGAACAACAAGAAAGGGCUGGUCAGGAAGCCCCAGCCUGUCUGCCUCAAUGGAGUGGAUUCUGUCUUUGGCAGGGUCAUCACGGCUCAGCCGCCAAAGUGGACCGGGACCUUCAGAGUUUCAGACAAGUCAGCCUUUUGCAAAAUCAUCAGCCGGGAGCACCAGUGGCCCACUGGACUUAAGGAGCCUCAGAUUCAGAUGACAGUGACCAUGUGCAAACAGAUGCUGCGCUCCAUCCUCUUGCUGUAUGCGACGUACAAGAAGUGCACCUUUGCCUUGCAACACUCCAAGUAA